GACCCCCUUGUUGGUCUGGUUCAAGGUCAGAACUGGGCACCUAAAGCAGAGGGUGCAGGGGCCAGUCCGUAUCACCUCACCCAGUUAGUCUCAGAAGACUGAGGAGAGAGAGAGAUCUUAAAGAGGGACUGUCUGGAGUCUUGUAGGCUGUUGUGACUGUCUGAGAGAGCUACCUACUCAAGGCUGGUUGAUCUGGUUUGCAAAGAAUCUUGUUGGGCUGACCAACAGAGGGCAGUGUGAGAUUUGAACAAUCCUACAUUCCUCUGGUCUCCUCAGGUCCUCGCUGUUUGUCUGCAGUCAGAAUCACCCCUCUGACAAGCAUGAAAGGCUCUCCUGACCUAAUUCCGGCUGCAGAGCUGGACCCUACAAGGGUGUGUAAAGGGAAGGGGGUCGUGACUCUGAGGGCCACUCUGGUCCACAUAGACGACGAGGACUGCGUCAGUAAAGAAUCCAACGUCGAAACAGCACCAAGUAGUUGGAUCGGCCAGAUCAAUGGAGACAGCUCUCUAACAGGAUUGGCUGAGGGAUGCUUCCAUGACAUCACAGCUGAUUUACCUACAGUCAACAGAACUCAACCCCAGGGAAGUUCUCCUGUGAGCACAGAAGAACGCCAGUUUCUUGCCUUUGACAUUCAGAACCAUAUUACAUCGACAAAGGCUCCCUCUGCCUACCCAUCCACCACCAAAACGGUCAACCCAACCAUAGUUCUGCUACAACACAACAGAGACCCCACCCCAGAGAGGGACAAAUUGUCUGAUCCAGGACCUGUAGUUGGGGCAGAGAGAGAACAGAGCCAACACCCAGAUAUGGACGGCAAGAGGAUGAGGUUCUCACAAUCCCCUGUCUUGGGCCCAUUGAACCAGCCCAACCUGCCAGUACGGAACACAGAGAAGUCCAAGGACUGGUACAAGAACAUGUUUAAACAAAUACACCGAAUUCCAGAACCUGUUGAGGAAAACCCAUACCGCCCCACCUACAUAUUCCCUGAAUUCUAUGAUCCUAGACAGAUGAAAACCACAGAUGAUGGUCCCUCCCCCUACGGUUUUGUGGAAGAUGUGAAAGGGGUCCCACGGUCAAAAAGUGCUGCUGAAGUUGACCAUAGGUUGUCUAUGCCUGUGCCAACCCGGUCCUCCUCCCUCAAACCUUCCAAAAGGAACGAGUGGGAGCCCCCUGACAAAAAGGUAGACACCAGGAAGUACCGUGCCGAGCCCAAAAGCAUCUUCGAGUACGAGCCGGGAAAAUCAUCGGUGCUGAAACUGGAGAGAAAGACUCAGGACAUAAGUCCAGAAGAUGUACAUUUAGAGAAUGAGCCUUGGUAUAGAUUCUUUUCAGAGAUGGAUUUUGAUGAAGCGACAAAAGAGAGGCCCUCUGUGAGGGACACCAGCUCAUUGGCUGAGCCCAGUGACAGCCCCCUCCCCGCAUGGGCGCCCCUGACCGAUGCACGCCCCCCCUCACUGCCGCUUGUUUUCUCCAACUUGCAAGCGUGCCAAAACACACGCUUGCUCCUCCAUGUAAAAGCUUCGUUCAGCAGAGCUAACAAUCCCAGGCUUUGGAGACACUUCAGACAGACACACGAGAAAGAGAAAAGAGAGCCAGUCACCACAGCUAAUGCUCCUGCUUCUAUUCUAGUUGGAAGAGACCUUCCUGUGGAUUUAUCAAUGACUUCUUUGUUUGGUCUGUUGCAGAGUGCCCCCUCUUUUAGCCCCCUGGAAACACCCGCCGAACUACAGCAGUACUCCGGUUGUAAGGCCGGACACAGCGAGGUGGAGAAGGACGAAGGAUCAUCCAGCGGCGAGCCAGCAGCCCCAGAAUGUGACCGCCAUGUUUACAAGAGCGUCCUGGAGGGCGGCGACAUUCCCCUGCAAGGUCUGCGGGCCAUCAACAAGCGCCAUGCCAGCACCUCCUCCAAAGUGGAUUAUCAAGGUGGGAAUGGCUAUAUAAUUUCACCAUGCUCUUCUGUAAAUAGUCGAUCAGUUCUUGCCAGUAAUGCCCUAGGUUACCAGUGUAAGAAUAAGAAGCCCUUAUCUGCUGCCAAAGCCUGCAUACCCCAAAUCCUCCCCUCUAAGUUCAAACCUAAGCUGAUACCCCCUAGUGUUGACAGCCAGGACAGGAGGACUGCGCCUGCCAGGCACCCAAAGGCACACAGCUGUGAGGAUAUAUACACAGGGAGCACAGGCGCAGAGGCCCAGGAGAGCGGACUAAACUCAAACACACACAAAAACUCUAAUGGUCUCCCCCUUGACUCUGAGGCUGGUUUAAAUAAUGGCAGCCCUGCGACUAGAAGGAGCACAUCUGAGUUCUCCACCCUGUACCGGAACAUGCACAGCAUCCAGAGGCCAUCCUGCUCAGUGGGCUCCAGCCCCCACGGGAGUGUCCGUAGCCUGACCUCCCUGUUCGAGAAGGUGGGGGUCAAUGGAACUGAUGGGGAGGGAGAUGAGGCAGGGGAGAACAUUCCCAGGCGGGACGCCGUGUCGUCGCGGGUGUCAGAGUUUGAACUGAUCAUCCAGCGCUCCAGCCCGUCUCCCACACGCUCCUCCUCCAUGCCAACACUACCCACAGGCCAGAGCCUCACCCACAACCACAGCCCCGCCGACCUCUUCAUGGCGUCCGCUGUCUCGGCUGAGUCGCUGAUGGUCACUGUCCCAGGGCACACUGGGCAGACAGAGGGCUGCCCUCUCGAGGACACAGACGGCAAGGCAGCCCGAGACAAGGCGUUUCUGUCAGGCAGCGAGAUGGUGGGAUCCUCUGAGUACAGUGACACACUGAGAGCCGAGUCCCUCUCUGGGACUGAGUCUGAGACAGAGCAGCACGGCCCCACAGAGAAAGCCCCAGUACCAACAGAGAAAGCCCCAGUACCAACAGAGAAACCCCCAAAGGUCACUAUCUCCAGAACCUCAAACAGUCCCCCAGCACCAGUCACCCCGUCCGCUUCCCCACACAACCACCACCACCAUAAACCCAGCAGCAAGUGCAAAGGCUCCUGCCCUGCCUCCUAUACCCGCUUCACCACUAUCCGGCGGCACGAGAGGCAGCAGCAGGCUACGGCCCAGCAGGACAAACUGUCUACCCAGGAGAAAAUAAAGAACUCCUCCUCUCUCCCCUCAAACCUCUUCCUCAUGGGCCCUGCACCGUUCAAGGUGAAGAGGCCUCUCCGGUCUCACCAGGCCAAAAAGACUCUCUCAGCCACUAAGGUGAUGACAGGUCAAAUGUCACAGACAAAUGUCUAUGAUCCCAGGCCCCUCAUUCCACCGCGCCUCUCUUCCUUGGAGUUGCUGGAGAAGCUGGGCAACGGGGAAGGUGCACCGUCCGACAGUGACAACAACCUGACUAAUAGGGGAGUCUUGGACGCCAAUGGGAAUCUUCUGCAGCCGCUAGCAGCUCACCGCAGAGAUUCAGAGUCCUUGACCCAAGGAGACCUUGGUGACGGCCUGGAUGAGGUGGUCAGGAGACGCCAUGGAGAUAAAGAGAAAAUUUUGGAAGAGCAACGGCGGCUGAAGAGGGAGCAGGAGGAGGCUGACACAGCAUCGAGGCGACACACGGGAAUUGUUCCCACCCACCAUCAGUUCAUCACUAACGAACGUUUCGGAGACCUGCUCAACAUCAACAUCAAUGACGCAGACAAGAGGAAAUCCGGGUCAGAGAGAACUCCAGCCCUGGCUCGGUUUGACUUCAGAGCGGAGACUCUAAAGGAGUUACCAUUUCAAAAGGGAGACAUUGUGUACAUCAUUCGACAGGUGGAUAAUAAUUGGUUUGAAGGGGAGCAUCACGGCAGAGUCGGCAUCUUCCCGCGGAGUUAUGUUGAGCUCCUUCCCCCCACGGAGAAGGCCCAGCCAAAGAAGAGUGCCCCAGUGCAGGUGCUGGAGUAUGGAGAGGCCAUUGCACGCUUCAACUUUACAGGGGACACGGUGGUGGAGAUGUCAUUCAGAAAGGGAGAGAGGAUCAUCCUGAUUCGCAGGGUCGAUGAGAACUGGUACGAGGGCAAAGUCUCUGGCACCAAUCGCCAGGGUAUAUUCCCAGUCACCUACAUAGAGGUGCACAAACGACCCAGAGUAAAGAAUGGAUUGGAUUACCCAGACCCCCCCAUUGGCCAAUCACCUCACCGCAGCCUCAAUGCUUCCCCUCAGCUGAACCGUGUCCGUAACAACCGGCUCACCACAUCCCCCCUGCCCCUCCCCCGCUCCCCCCGCCGCUCUGUGUCCCCCGAGGUCCAUGCCAUCUCCUCUGAGUGGAUCUCCCUGACCAUAGGGGGUGCCAGCCCCCCACUGCCCCCACCCCUCCUCUACCCCCGCUCCCUCUGUGUCUUACCGCUGGGGCGAGUACCUGCCCCCUCCAAGUCUGCCAGCCCUGUGCCCCCAUCUGCGGCAGCCCCUAUUGCAUCUCCCCCAUGGCCUCCCCCUCCGCCUCCCCCUGCCCCCGCCCUACCCGCCCCGCCCUGGCUCGGCCACCCCUUUCCUCACCUUCACCCCGCCCCAGGGGGAGGACUUCCUGCUUUCCCCUCCCUCUCCUCGUCUGUCCCGCAGCCUGAGCCCCUGUGGAGGGGCGGGCCUGGAGAGCUGGUUGACAGGGGCCAGCCCCUUGAGCAUCCUGGAGAGGGAUUUGAUGGAGGGGGAGGGGGCAGAGGGAGACAGGGGCACUGGCCGCGAAGCCCUGGGCAGCUGGCGAAAUACACGCUGUUGGAAAUGAAUUGCAUCUUCCAGACAUCACCCACUGGGUACACACUGCUGCUGAAGAAUGACAGUGACUACCAUGGAAGAACCUCCAGAAGCCCUGUCAUGUUGUUUGACAUCCAGGACAACAACAUGAAUGCUAACUCAUUCACGCAACCCCAGUCCCACAGCAGCAGCCCGGAGCCAAGCCGUCUCAGCUGUGGAAUUUUCCAGGCUUUGUACAGUUAUGUGCCACAGAAUGAAGAUGAGCUGGAGCUGCAGGAGGGAGAUCUUGUCAGUGUCAUGGAGAAGUGCGAUGAUGGCUGGUUUGUUGGUACCUCGAAGAGGACAAAACAGUUUGGCACGUUUCCAGGAAAUUAUGUAAAAGAGGUCAACUUAUAACCUGUCAACAAACAUUUAUAGUGUGAGGAGAACCUAGCUCUAACCCUUGGUUGCCUGUUGAGUGUUGGGAAAUAAUUACUAUUACUCUUGACUUUUUAAAUUAGGACAGUUAUUUAGUCAAGUGAAUAUGUUUGUCUAAUGUAAGUGAUCAGUUUGGUCUGAGGUAUGUUAAGGUGCAUAAGGUGACAAUAGGAGAAAGCUAGCUGUUGACACUCUGCCCAAUCGUCAGUGUGGUGUACACAUACCGUAACCAAGUCCUGCACCAUGGCUGAAUUUAUCAUAUGAUAUUCUAACAAUGGAAUUUUUAGUAAAACAAUUCAAUGUCACACACUGCAGCAUACACUGAGUGUACAAAACAUUAGGAACACCUUCCUAAUAUUGAGUUGCACCCCCCUUUACCCUCAAAACAGCCUCAAUUCAUCGGGGCAUGGACUCAAA